AUGUUAAUUGUGGGGCUUACAGGAGGAUUGGCUACUGGAAAGAGCACAGUUCUAAAGAUAUUUCGUGAACAUGGUAUUAAAGUUAUUGAUGCCGAUCAAAUUGCGAGGAAGGUGUUGCUGCCAGGAACCAAGGGAUGGAAUCAGGUGAUAGAAAACUUUGGCGAAGAAGUGCUAGAUGAAUGUGGUUCAAUAAAUAGAAGAAAGUUAGGGGAAAUAGUAUUUGAAAAUAAAGAAAAGCGAAAGAAACUGAAUGCUAUCACACACCCUAAAAUUCAAUGGGAAAUGAUGAUACUGGUAGCCAAAUAUUUCUUCUCGGGACAUGAUUGCAUUGUCCUAGAGUUACCACUGCUGUUUGAGACGGGAAAGAUGAUGUUAUUCAUGCACAAAAUCAUCACAGUUGUUUGCAAAGAUAAACAACAGUUAGAAAGACUAUGCAACAGAGAUGAGUUAGGGGAGUCAAGUGCUUUAACACGAAUUAGGUGUCAAAUGCCUCUUGAAAUAAAAGUGGCAAAUUCAGAUUUUGUGAUCGACAACUCCAAUGAUAUAGAAGUAACAUCUCACCAGACUAUGAUCAUAAUGAAACAACUUAAGAGCUCUAAAUAUAUAUGGAUCAUGAGAGCAAAAAUACUCCUUCUUAUAUUUUUCUUCAUCUUGAUAAUCAAUUUAAUAAUUGCGUUACUGUAUUGA